AUGGCCGGAUUUAUGGAUCUUUUCCCGCACCUGGCAUCAAGGGACUUUGAAAAGGCGGGGAUUUGCUGUACAACGGACAUUCCGACCGGCGAUUUCAUCUUUGAUUCCCCCUUGGAGCACAAGCCCUUGUUUAUUGCUACUGGAGGAAGCGUGCAUGCGUUCAAGUUCCUGCCUGCCUUCCGAGAAUACAUUGUGGGAAGCUUCCAACUCAGGCUUUCGCGGGAGUUGCUUGACAAAUGGAAGUUCCCUACGCAGUCCCGUGGGCGUUUCCAGGAGAUAUUCAGGGGAGAUGGACGUCGUGGAGGACCAGAGCGAAGGGAGUUGACUGCUCAAGAGCUCGGCACAUUUGACCCGGCAUUGAAAUAUUGA